GCAGGAGGGUGGGCCAGCCAUCCCAACACUCCCGGAAGGUCGAUCUUGACGGGCAGAUGCGUGAACCACUUGACAAUCGAGGCUUAGGCGGAAGCGUGUGGAUUCUUACGGAGUGGGUGGAGUCAAAGUCUGAGGGAGGGGAGGAGAACAAGUGGUGCGGGAGGGGGGGGGCGGGCCGAGCGCAGCGGCCGGAGAUGGUUUCGGGCAGCGGCGGCGGCGGCGGCGGCGGCGCUCGGAGGCGGAGAACACGGCACUGAGGGCAUUGGGGGUCAGGCCGCGGCCAGCCGCCGGGCCGUUGGGGUGGAAAGUGAAUCUUGAGGGCUUGACAGUUUGGUGACAGAGGAUUUAAUUUUUUUGCUUGGAACACACGUUAUGAACCCUUUCUGGAGCAUGUCUACAGGUUCUGCACGCAAGCGAUCUGAUGGUGAAGAGAAGACAGUGACUGGAGACCUUACAAUUAGUCCACCACGAACUGCUCCAAAGAAACAGCUGCCUUCAAUUCCUAAAAAUGCUCUGCCGAUAACUAAACCUAUAUCUCCUGCCCCUGCAGCACAGUCAACAAAUGGCACACAUGCCUCUUAUGGACCAUUCUACUUGGAAUAUUCCCUUCUUGCUGAAUUUACCUUGGUUGUGAAGCAGAAGUUGCCUGGUGUCUAUGUGCAGCCAUCUUACCGCUCUGCAUUAAUGUGGUUUGGAGUCAUAUUCAUACGGCAUGGACUUUAUCAAGAUGGAGUAUUUAAGUUUACAGUUUAUAUCCCUGAUAACUAUCCAGAUGGUGAUUGUCCGCGUUUGGUGUUUGAUAUCCCUGUCUUCCACCCACUAGUUGAUCCCAUCUCAGGUGAAUUGGAUGUGAAGAGAGCAUUUGCAAAAUGGAGGAGGAACCAUAAUCACAUCUGGCAAGUGUUGAUGUAUGCACGUCGAGUUUUCUACAAGAUUGAUACAACUACCCCUUUGAACCCUGAGGCUGCAGUAUUGUAUGAAAAGGAUGUUCAACUUUUUAAAAGUAAAGUGGUUGACAGUGUCCAACUAUGCACCACCCAUUUGUUUGAUCAGCCUAAAAUAGAAGAUCCCUAUGCAAUUAGUUUUUCUCCAUGGAAUCCCUCUAUACAUGAUGAUGCUAGAGAGAAGAUGCUGACUCAGAAAAAGAAGCCAGAAGAACAGCAUAGUAAAAACCUCCACGUCGCCGGUCUGUCAUGGGUAAAGCCUGGCUCAGUGCAACCUUUCAGUAAAGAGGAGAAAACAGUAACAACUUAAACGAAUUUCUGAUCAUUGGUGCACCGAGCACUUUUUUGCUGGUGAAGGGAGAAGAGCAGGAAAAGAAACUUCUCUGCUGGACUCUGGACUAGUUAAGCUGACCAAUGGCCCUGACUGUAAAGAGUAAAACUGCUCAAUCAAAGACUGAUUUGUGAUGUUUUGCAUAUACGGCUAGGUUCUAACAGAAUUUUGGAAAACUUCUCUUUAAAUAAUACAAUAUUUCUGUUAGAAAUAUCUUUAGGGUGGUUAUCUAGUUGAGUACUCCAAAUUAUUGGAGAUCUCUCUGGAGGGAGGGGCUUUUAAACUUAUUUUUCUUCCCCACAAUAGCCUUUUAAAAAACUUAAUUGGCUGAAAGAUUAUCAGGCAAUCUGAUGCUGAAGGCAAGGUAAGCUGGUUCAUUUCAACUAAUAUAGCAGACAGUUUAACACUAUUUAAUGGUUUUGAAAUCAGUGGUUUCAACUGUAAAUAUGCUAGAAUGUGGAACUGUAUAUAGAGCUGCUGGUUUAGUAACUCAGCACUUUCAAGUUAAAGAUAAACUGAGACUGCUAGUCUUAGCCUACUGUCUUACUGAUUUCUGAUACUGUCACUGAAGCACACAUUAGUCUGAUCAAAGGAGACCGGAACAUUUGUAGUUUUUUGGUGUGCUGUUUUCCCCAAAGCAAACUACAGUUGUAUUUUUUAACGGUUAUGUCUUUUGGGGUCCUUUAAAUAAAGGUUCCUAAUGGAUUCAAAGGUAUUUUAAUGACACUGAGGUGCCUGCUCUGCUAGUAUGACUAAUGUGUGUUCAGUAGUGACAAAAUAAAUUAAGAAAAUUA